AGGUAAAUAACCAUUGCAUUUAUUCUCUCAACCCAAGAUUGAAGCACUUUUCUGACUGGCUGCUCGACAUAAUUGCCACUGGGGAUUUGGAUGCAUUUUUCCCAGCAGCAACACGUGAAUAUGCCCCGCUUGUUGAGGAAGUACGGAAAGAUCCUGCUAUUCAGGAGACUUAUAAGAGAAAGAAUGAACUCUACUUUCUUCCAGACGUAACCGAGUACUUCUUGAGCAGGGCAGUUGAAAUAUCGAGCAACGAGUAUGAACCUUCAGACAAAGAUAUACUGUUUGCUGAAGGGGUGACUCAAGGUAAUGGGCUGGCUUUUAUGGAGUUCUCAUUGGACGAUCGAAGCCCAAUGUUAGAAACUUACACAGAAAAUAUAGAAUCUGGGCCCCCACCUCUCAGCAAGUACCAGCUGAUCCGAGUCAACGCCAAGGGAAUGAACGAGGGUUGCAAGUGGGUCGAGAUGUUCGAGGAUGUUCGUGUGGUCGUCUUCUGCGUGGCCCUCAGCGAUUAUGAUCAGGUGUGGGUGUCUUCAGACGCUUCCCGUGAGCCCCACCUCACGAACCGUAUGAUUCAAAGCAGGGACUUCUUUGAGUCCAUGGUCAAGCACCCGUGCUUUAAGGACACCCCAUUUAUCCUCGUCCUCAACAAGUAUGAUUUGUUCGAGGAAAAAGUCAACUGGGCCCCGCUCGGGAAAUGCCAUUGGUUUAGUGACUUCAGCCCGGUCAGGCCCCACCACAACACACAGUCCCUGGCCCAACAGGCCUACUUUUACGUGGCUAUGCGGUUUAAGGACCUUUACGCUUCCUUAACUGGCCGGAAGCUUUUCGUCUGGCAGACACAGGCCCGAGAGAGGCCCACAGUGGACGAGGCCUUCAAAUACAUACGAGAGGUCGUGAGGUGGGACGAGGAGAAGGAGGAUAUGUACUAUACAGCCGGAGGGGAGGACUCGUUUUACAGCACAACUGACGUGAGCACGUCCCCAUUUGCCCGCCAAGAGUGA